AUGCUGGCGUGGGUGAAUGACUGUCUUCAAUCGAACUUUGCUAAAAUUGAAGAAUUAUGUACUGGCGCCGCAUAUUGUCAGUUUAUGGAUAUGUUAUUUCCUGGCAGUGUUCCCAUGAAGCGAAUCAAAUUCAAGACAAACUUAGAACAUGAGUACAUACAAAACUUCAAAAUUCUACAAGCUGCUUUCAAAAAAAUGUCUGUAGAUAAGGUAAUACCAGUGGACAAGCUGAUAAAGGGAAGGUUCCAAGAUAAUUUUGAGUUUUUGCAGUGGUUUAAAAAAUUUUUUGAUGCCAACUAUGAUGGAAGGGAGUAUGAUGCGUUCGAGGCCCGCGGUGGGAUAACAAUUGGGUCGGGGGCUUGCGACAGCGGCGUGCCUCUCUGCGCUAGCGUCGCCCCGGCGCCCAAGGCCCGGCGCGCCAUGCCGCCGCACUCGGGCAGUACGCAUCCCGCUCCUUUAUCAUUCAUACUCCCCACACAGACCAUAGUACCCAUUGACAGGCUGGUGAAGGGUCGGUUCCAAGAUAACUUUGAGUUCUUGCAAUGGUUCAAGAAGUUUUUCGAUGCUAACUACGGGGGUACGGAGUACGAUGCGAUGGCGCAACGCGAGGGGCUGCCCAUGGGGCACGGGGCCGCGGGCGCUCCGCCCCGGGCCGCCCCCACCGCUGUUAAGAAACCGGCGGCCCCCAUCGCUAAAGUCGCCGCUAGACCCCAAACCAUUGGAAAAGCUAACAACACAAUUAGGUCUCCGCCCACUAAUUUAUCGAGAUUAAACCAAAGUGCGAAAGGGGAUUCAAAAGUAAUUGACGAUCUUAAUAUACAGAUUAACGAAUUAAAAGCAACAGUCGACGGACUUGAAAAGGAAAGGGACUUCUACUUUGGCAAGCUUCGGGAUAUAGAGUUGAUCUGUCAAGAGAUGGAAGAACAGCAGAACGCUCCUAUUGUUCAAAAGAUUUUGGAAAUCUUAUAUGCAACUGAGGAUGGAUUCGCACCCCCGGAGGAGAUAGACGGUGACAACCCUCAUCCCCCUGAAGAGGAUGAAUAU